AUGGAUAUUCCUUGGUGUUCUAUGUAUUUGGUUUUAAAAAGGCUAGUCUUAAAAUUUCAAGUGUUGCGUGGUGAGAGCAGGAGACGGACAUCAGUUGAUGUGAUUAGUGGUGAGGGCAGGAGUCGGACAUCAGUUGAUGUGAUAAGUGGUGAGGGCAGGAGUCGGACAUCAGUUGAUGUGAUUAGUGGUGAGGGCAGGAGUCGGACAUCAGUUGAUAUGAUUAGUGGUGAGGGCAGGAGUUGGACAUCAGUUGAUGUCAUUAGUGGUGAGGGCGGGAGUCGGACAUCAGUUGAUGUGAUUAGUGGUGAGGGCGGGAGUCGGACAUCAGUUGAUGUCAUUAGUGGUGAGAUCAGGAGUCGGACAUCAGUUGAUGUGAUUAGUGGUGAGGGCAGGAGUCUGACAUCAGUUGAUGUGAUUAGUGGUGAGGGCAGGAGUCGGACAUCAGUUGAUGUGAUUAGUGGUGAGGGCAGGAGUCGGACAUCAGUUGAUGUGAUUAGUGGUGAGGGCAGGAGUCAGACAUCAGUUGAUGUGAUUAGUGGUGAAGGCAGGAGUCUGACAUCAGUUGAUGUGAUUAGUGGUGAGGGCAGGAGUCCGACAUCAGUUGAUGUGAUUAGUGGUGAUAUCAGGAGUCAGACAUCAGUUGAUGUGAUUAGUGGUGAGAGCGGGCGUCAGACAUCAGUUAAUGUGAUUAGUGGUGAGGGCGGGCGUCAGACAUCAGUUGAUGUGAUUAGUGGUGAGGGCAGGAGUCGGACAUCAGUUGAUGUGAUAAGUGGUGAGAGUAGGAGUCAGACAUCAGUUGAUGUGAUUAGUGGUGAGGGCAGGAGUCGGACAUCAGUUGAUGUGAUUAGUGGUGAGGGCAGGAGUCAGACAUCAGUUGAUGUUAUUAGUGGUGAUAUCAGGAGUCGGACAUCAGUUGAUGUGAUUAGUGGUGAGAGCAGGAGUCAGACAUCAGUUGAUGUGAUUAGUGGUGAGGGCAGGAGUCUGACAUCGGUUGAUGUGAUUAGUGGUGAGGGCAGGAGUCAGACAUCAGUUGAUGUGAUUAGUGGUGAGGGCAGGAGUCGGACAUCAGUUGAUGUGAUUAGUGGUGAUAUCAGGAGUCAGACAUCAGUUGAUGUGUUUAGUCGUGAGGGCAGGAGUCGGACAUCAGUUGAUGUGAUUAGUGGUGAUAUCAGGAGUCGGACAUCAGUUGAUGUGAUUAGUGGUGAGGGCUGGAGUCGAACAUCAGUUGAUGUGAUUAGUGUUGAUAUCAGGAGUCUGACAUCAGUUGAUGUGAUUAGUGGUGAUAUCAGGAGUCGGACAUCAGUUGAUGUGAUUAGUGUUGAUAUCAGGAGUCUGACAUCAGUUGAUGUGAAUAGUGGUGAGGGCGGGAGUCGGACAUCAGUUGAUGUGAUUAGUGGUGAGGGCAGGAGUCGGACAUCAGUUGAUGUGAUUAGUGGUGAGGGCAGGAGUCGGACAUCAGUUGAUGUGAUUAGUGGUGAGGGCAGGAGUCGGACAUCAGUUGAUGUGAUUAGUGGUGAGGGCAGGAGUCGGACAUCAGUUGAUGUGAUUAGUGGUGAGGGCAGGAGUCAGACAUCAGUUGAUGUGAUUAGUGGUGAGGGCAGGAGUCAGACAUCAGUUGAUGUGAUUAGUGGUGAGGGCAGGAGUCGGACGUCAGUUGAUGUGAUUAGUGGUGAUAUCAGGAGUCGGACAUCAGUUGAUGUGAUUAGUGGUGAGGGCAGGAGUCGGACAUCAGUUGAUGUGAUUAGUGGUGAGGGCAGGAGUCGGACAUCAGUUGAUGUGAUUAGUGGUGAGGGCAGGAGUCGGACAUCAGUUGAUGUGAUUAGUGGUGAGGGCAGGAGUCGGACAUCAGUUGAUGUGAUUAGUGGUGAUAUCAGGAGUCGGACAUCAGUUGAUGUGAUUAGUGGUGAGGGCAGGAGUCGGACAUCAGUUGAUGUGAUUAGUGGUGAGGGCAGGAGUCUGACAUCAGUUGAUGUGAUUAGUGGUGAGGGCAGGAGUCGGACAUCAGUUGAUGUGAUUAGUGGUGAGGGCAGGAGUCGGACAUCAGUUGAUGUGAUUAGUGGUGAGGGCAGGAGUCUGACAUCAGUUGAUGUGAUUAGUGGUGAGGGCAGGAGUCGGACAUCAGUUGAUGUGAUUAGUGGUGAGAGCGGGAGUCAGACAUCAGUUGAUGUGGUUAGUGGUGAUAUCAGGAGUCAGACAUCAGUUGAUGUGAUUAGUGGUGAGGGCAGGAGUCAGACAUCAGUUGAUGUGAUUAGUGGUGAGGGCGGGAGUCAGACAUCAGUUGAUGUGAUUAGUGGUGAGGGCGGGAGUCAGACAUCAGUUGAUGUGAUAAACAUGAUAUGGGAUAAUCUGGCAAUAUAUUUGUAGUCAGUUGUGAUGUGAAUAGUGUAAUAAUACGUAUGUGCUGAAUUUUGUAAUGUAAGUAUGAUGUUGUAUCUAUUUAUAUAGUGAAGGUUGUGAUGUACACCUGUUUGAUGUUUCUACAUUAAUCAAUGUGUGUAGAAUAUAUUUUGUUAUCAUUUGUUACAUGUCAUAUAUUAUAUAUAUCUAUUAAAUGUUGCAAUGAAAACUGA